CUUCCUGCACCUGCUCUGCGAGAGCGCACACGCGGACACCGAGACGGACGCGCGCAUACACGCACACGGCAGAGCAGGCGCGACAAAACGUGAAAAGCUGGAGGCGGCAGUGCAGGUGUCGUGGCAUCAUCGGUGAAUGAUCUGAAGCUCACAGACGCACACGGGAGGCAGACAUGGACCUGACGCUGCUGCUCCGGAAGCUGGCACUCGUCUCGUCCGUGUGCGUGCUGCUGGCCGGUUGCGCGCGCGCCUGCGGUCCGGGCCGGGGCUACGGCAAGCGCAGGAACCCGAAGAGACUGACUCCGCUCGCCUACAAGCAGUUCAUCCCUAACGUGGCGGAGAAGACGCUGGGCGCGAGCGGGAAGUAUGAGGGCAAAAUUACGCGCAACUCGGAGCGCUUCAAGGAGCUCACACCGAACUACAACCCCGACAUCAUCUUCAAGGACGAGGAGAACACCAACGCAGACCGACUCAUGACCCAGAGAUGUAAAGACAAGCUGAACUCGUUGGCCAUCUCGGUGAUGAACCAGUGGCCAGGGGUCAAGCUACGCGUUACAGAGGCCUGGGACGAAGACGGCAACCAUUUCGAAGAGUCUUUACACUACGAGGGCCGAGCGGUGGACAUCACGACCUCGGACAGAGACAAGAGCAAGUACGGGAUGCUGUCGAGACUCGCCGUGGAGGCCGGAUUCGACUGGGUUUACUACGAAUCCAAAGCACACAUACACUGCUCCGUAAAAGCAGAAAAUUCCGUGGCAGCUAAAUCCGGCGGCUGCUUUCCGGGAUCCGCGCUCGUCCAGCUCUCGGACGGAAGCAGGAAGCGCGUGGAGGAUCUGAAGGAAGGCGAGAAGGUUCUCGCAGCAGAUGAGCAAGGAAACGUCGUGUACAGCGACUUCAUCGCCUUCCUGGACCGGGACGUGACGCUGCGCCGGACGUUCCUCGUGCUCGAGACGCAGAAGCCGAACGUGACUCUGAGGCUCACGGCGGCGCACCUGGUGUUCGUGCGGGACGAAUCAGCCGCCUCGGGGAUGGCGGCGAAGUUUGCGAGCGGAGUGAAAGCGGGGCAGGAAGUGUUUGUGUGGGAGGGACAAGGACGUCUGAGGAGUGCGCGUGUAGAGCGAGUGUACGCGGUGGAGGACAGGGGAUCAUACGCGCCACUUACCGUGCACGGGACCAUCGUGGUGGACGGUGUGUUAGCGUCGUGCUACGCUGCUGUGGAGGCGCACCGCUGGGUGCACCGGGCUUUCGCGCCGCUCCGCCUGAGCCGCGUUCUCACGCCGACCUCGUGGUGGCGCUGGAUGACACCGGAUUCAAAUGCUACCUCGCAGCAAGAUGGGAUUCACUGGUAUCCCAAGAUGCUGCUGCAUGUCGGAACGUGGCUGCUGGAUCGAGACUCUUUCCACCCGCUUGGGAUUUCCGGCUCGAGCUGAGACUCACACCACUUACAGGAAGGUUUUAGUCCAAAAUGCAAAUUCUGCUAACUACGAACGAGAGCUAACAGACACCGGUUAGCAUGGUGCACUUGGGAUAAUCGGUGCCUGUUCACUUCUAAGACCCAGUCAUGCUAGCUUUGCCGCGGUCAGUCGCAUCAUGCCGCAGACUCGUGAGUAAAUUUCUCUGGUGACGUGUGACGUGCUAAUUCACAGCAUCGCUAACUAGCAGAACAGGCUGCGUUUAUGUCUGAAGAGACGAGCCUUUAUAUUUUCAGUGCAGAACAGAGGAUGUGCUAAUUUUAUCAGGCAUGAACAAUGUUUUAUUUCAGUUUUCCAGCUGUUUUUGUUGCGAAUCAGGAGGAAAACCCCACAGAGUUCCAGCAGUGGACAGACUGGUCAGUUCCUGCACAGUGAAAUAAUCAGACCUGGAUUUCUAUAGUCUGCAAAAUCCAGAUUCUCCCUACGCAAAGUGACUGCUAAAUGGCUCCAAAAUGGACAGGGGACAGUUUUCCCAUCAGGAAGAAGCCCUAGCAUCCUUUUAUGACAUCCUACAACAGGGUUCUCUGACCAGAAAAAGGUUCCAUCGGUUCUUUUAGCGUACCAGGAGAGUUCAGGGCUUACACCAGGCUUAUUUAAGAGAUGUUUUUUUUUUUUAAGAGUGUUCCUCACUUAUCAGACACGGUACCAAGCAGAACCCCUUUAUGAGUCUUCGAACGUUCACAUAUUCAGUGAGGUCUGAAUGAAACCCUCAAGAACUACAUCCCAGGAACCGUGGGUUCUAUAGAGAUUCUCAGCUUCUCCUUGGAGCUCUUUCUAUUGUAGGGGUCUAGAGAGAACCUUAAGAGUUCCAUGAGACAUUUCUCUGUGACACUCCUGUUCCUCAAACUUCUAGUGUGACUGUGGCUUUAUUCGGUGUUAGCAUUAGCGUCAGCAUUAGCAUAGUGGACUGAAAUGUUCUACUCAGUGGCAUUUGCUAAAAGAAGCGGUUUUGGAGGGAAAACAAAUGGGAGUUUUACACAGACAUCACAUUUACCUCACAUGUGGUCAACUAGAAGAUCCGUUACACAUGCUAGCCAGGCUAAUGGACACGUAUGAACACCAGAUAGCAUCAUUCACACUGCAGACUGAAUAAAUCACCACACACUCAUCUCAAACUGUGUUAAGUAACUGGAUUGUGUGUGUGUGUGUGUGUUCAGCUAAUCAGUAUUCACAAACAUCCAUUACUUGUUAGCGACAUUAGCCUAACAGACUGAAGCUAAAUGACGGACACGUGAGGAAACGUGUUCUGAAAUACGUGUUGAUUAAAUGUUUCUCCUUGAAUCACGUCUUUAGUGACUCGAGAAUCCUGGUAGCGUGUUUCUUUAAAUAAUUUAUUUGUUUUUGGAUCAUUCGGGAGCGCUAUGAUGGGAUCCAGGAUUCGCGGAGAAGAGACGGAGGAGACGUUAAAUUCCUCCGGAUGCUGACCGACCGCUCUAUUUUACCGGAUAGUCCGACUCAUAAAUUCUAUUUUUCUACACAGAUUUGUAUAUUAGAUUUUUUGGACGGAUCUAAACUAUUUACAGAAUCACAUUU